AUGGGUUCAAAUUUUGCACCAAAAAAAUCCACUCCCGGAUCUCCAUCAAAUUCAUCUAAUGAAAGUUUGUUGAGGCAAAAUAUAUGUGGAUCUCUCAAUGCAUAUCAUCCUACUUUUCAUCAAAAUAAUAAUACUAAUGUUAGAGAACAUACAAUAAAUACUAAUAAUAUCCCAAUAAUUUCCUCAUCACUACAGGAAAAUUAUGGAUUUCAUCAUGAUAAUAGGGAUAAACCAUCUAUUUUUGAGAUUGGUGUUGCAGCUAUGAAUGAAAUGGUUGAACUUUUGAAAUUGAAUAAUCCAAUUUGGAUAGAAUCACCAUGUUAUGAGGGGUGUUUUAUUCAUCGUGAGGUUCAUGACAAGUUAUUUCCAAAUCAAUAUCGACCUUCUAAAUCACCGACUACUCGAUUUGAAUCAUCGAAGGUUUGUGGAAUUGUGCCAAUGAAUGCAAUUGAGUUGAUUCAAAAUUUUCUUGAUCCGAUUAAAUGGAUGAACAUGUUUCCUACUAUUGUCACAAAAGCUAGGACUAUUGAAGUACUUGAUUCGGGAAAUAUGGGAGGCUCUAUACAAUUGAUGUAUGAAAAGUUGCAUAUUCUAUCUCCUCUGUUGGAAGCUAGGGAUUAUUUCUUUAUACGUUAUUGUAGAAAACUUGAUCAAACAACAUGGAUUAUGGUGGAUGUUUCAUAUGAUUUAAUCAAAGAGAUUCAAAGUGGUGAACCUUCUCAUGCUUGGAAGUUUCCUUCUGGUUGUGCAAUUCGAGAUAUGGACAAUGGUGAAAGUAUGGUUACUUGGAUUGAACAUGUUCAAGUAGAUGAAAAAAUGCAGGUUCAUCAUAUCUUUAGAAACUUGUUGAUUGGUUAUGAAACAUAUGGAGCUAAAAGAUGGAUCAUUACACUUCAAAGAAUGUCUGAGAGAUACAAUGUUGAAGUGGGUGCAACAUGUUUUACUAGGGAUGAUCUCAAAGGAGUGGUUAAUGAUCCAGAAGGUCUCGACAAUGUAAUGCAAAUAUCUCUAAGGAUGGUGAAGAGGUUUUGUGAAAUCUUGAGCAUGACAGGAAAUUUAGUUUAUCCAACUUCAUCACAGUUGAACAGUGAAGAUAGAAUAUCGAUAAGAAAAAAUGAAGAAUUUACCCAAAAAAAAGGCUUCAUUGUCACUGCUUCUACUUCCAUAUGGCUUCCUCAUUCAUUCCAAACUGUUUUUAAUUUUCUCAAAGAUGAUAAUACAAGGUGUCAGUGGGAUGUUUUGACCGUUGGGAAUAAUGUGACUGAGUUAGCUCGAAUAAAUACAGGAAGUAUUCCAGGAAACAAUAUUACAAUCAUUCAGCCUUAUGUAUCAAAAGAGAACAACAUCUUAGUUCUUCAAGAGUCAGGCAUUGAUGAAAUUGGAGCAUUUUUAAUCUAUGCACCCAUAGAUGCACCAACAGUCAAUUUAAUUAUCAAUGGAGGUGAUGCCAAAAAAGUUACCACUUUGCCUUCAGGUUUCAUCAUAAGUCCUUAUGGUCACUACUCCUUGGGCAGAGACAAUAAUGGAAAUGCACAAAAUGGUUCAAUUUUGACAAUAGCUUUUCAAAUAUUAAUCAUUGGUCAUCCCAAUGAUAAUUCAAUCUCUCAGAAGGAACAGAAGAGUGCAGUGACUUCUGUUCAUACCCUUUUGAGCUCUACAGUUUUAAAAAUCAAGACAAUAUUGGAUUGCUCUGAUUAA